AUGUCGGAAGAGAUUCUACAUCGCACACCCCAGUCGUCGUCGUCACCGGAUUCUCCAUUGCUCGAUGAUCAAUCACUUCAUAAUAAUGACAAGGACAUGGCGGCGCGAACAUCGCAGGCAUGGACGUUACGACAACUGCGACGACAAAAACGAAAUCGCGCCAAACGGCAACGUCGGUUCUUGUUGGGUGUGGGUGGGAUCGCAAUGAUGAAUCCACGACGACGUGCGGCGGAACAACACGAUUCUCCUCCAGCCAAACAGCACCACGCCAAGACGGCCCAUCCGCACAAUGACCAUCCGCCAAAGAAACAGGAUAAGAAGAAAAAGGGAGGAGGACCACCUCAGGUCAUUCAUCACAAUUCCAAAAAAUUUAAAAACAAAAAGGCAGCCGAAGAAGCCUUGGAAAAGGAAAACAAGCAGUGGGAACUGAAAAAGAAACAACACCAACAAGCCGAACAGCAGCCUAAAGGUGACGGUGAAGAGAACAUGAAAGAAAUGCUCAAGGAAGAACUACAAAAAGCAUUCCAGCAGCAAAAAGGAGGAAAGAAUGCCAAAAAAUUGAGCAUGGAAGAAGUCCUGGCAAUGCUGGGGGAGAAGGACAACGACAAAAACAACAACAAGAACAACAAAAACAAAAAGGACAACAAACAGAAGCAAGCAUCAAAGAAACAAGAGGACAACAAGAAAGAACACAAGCAAGAAGAACACAUGAAGCAGGAAGAGAAGAAGUCUGAAUCCAAGCAGGGAGACAAACAGAAGAAGAAGGAGCAAGGUCAGAAGAAGAAGGAUGACGAUCAAGAACCUGAAUCCAACAAGGAUGACAAAAGCGACCAACACAGCAAGAAGGACGAAGAGAAAAAGCCGGAAACUAACAAGGGCAACAAACACAACAAGAAGGAGGAGGAAGCCCAAGAGCCUGAAUCCAAGCAGGGUAACAAAAAGAAGAAGAAGAAGGAAAGUGAGAAGAAGAAGGAUGACGAUCAAGAACCUGAAUCCAAGAAGAGUGACAAAAGCAACAGCAAGAAGGACGAAGAGGAAAAGCCGGAAACCAAGAAGGGCAACAAACACAACAAGAAGGAGGAGGAAGACAAAAAGCCUGAAAACAAGAAGGGCAACAAAAAGAAGAAGGAAGAGGACAACGAGCCUGAAACGAAGCAGGACGAGAAGAGCAACAAACACAACAAGAAGGGCGAAGCUCAAGAGCCUGAAACCAAGAAGGGAAACAGAAAGAAGGAGGAAGAAGAUGAAACUCCUGAAUCCAAGAAGGACGACAACAGUAACAAACACAACAAGAAGGAUGAAGAGAAGAAGUCUGAAUCCAAGCAGGGCGACAAAAAGAAGAAGAAGGAAGGUCAGAAGAAACAAAAAGGACAUGACAAAACGAAGGAAGACGUACCGGCCGCAACUGAAAAACAGAACAAGGAAACUGAGACAGAUCAACACGACAACGCCGAUGGCGACCAUGAGGACGACAAAAAGAAGAAAGGAAAACCGACCAAGUCCAAGCAACAGAAACAGAAAAACGACUCGGACAAACAGCAUCCAAACACGGAAAACAUCAAUGAAUCACCCAAGGCUGCAACCAAAAAGCAACGGCGAACCCACGAACAAGAACCGGACGAGCAGCAACAGGACUUUGCUGACAAUCCCGAAGUGGUCAAGGCGUUGGCCAAAGCGUUGGGCAAAGCUUCCAAACAAGCCGAACCCAAAACAGCCAACUUUUGCGCCAACAAGCCAAAUGUUGAAAAGAAACAUCCAGUCGCACCUGCCGUCAUUGUCAUGGGCAUGGAGGAUACAUCCACCGACCUCCUGUGGCAUGUACUGGAACGAAUUGCUCCUCCCGGCUCCAUUGCGGUGGAUGCUGAUAAUCGACAACCCUACCACAUUCCCCAGUACGAAUUCCUCAAUCACAUGGAUCCUGCCAAGGAGGAACGAUUCUGGUCGGGCUUGAAAGGCAACAAUCACGGGCAUUGGGUACAAGCCAGUCUUUGCAGUCAACAAAUCCCGGAUAAUCGAGACGAAGGCAAGGAUUCUAAUCUGCUUGGAUUCCCCUGGUUAACACUCAUGACGGGGGGCACGUCCGCCGAAACCAAGCUCAAGGAAUCAUUGGAUCUGCUCGAUAAGUGGCCGGAACACAGUGUCAAGGUGAUUCGGUAUCGACGCAAUUUGCUAGACAUGGUAACACGCAUGGAGCAGCAUUUGCAGGCAGUACUGCGGCGCAAGCAUAAUGACAAGGAGAGUGGUCCCAUGCAGGGAAUCACACUGGAUAAAACCAAAUUGUUGAAGCAAUUGACACAAUGGAAGAAAAAGGAAGAAGCCAUUGACAAGUUGCUGGAAAAAGAAAAGAUUGCCCACAUUGUCGUGGAUCACGAAACUAUCUUCCCGUUUACGGAAUGGAAGGAAUUGUUGAAUGUCACCAGUGCAGUGGAAUCCUUUCAGGUGCCGCUCAAUAUUGAUGUUGACUACAGCAAGGUUCCACCGGACCAACGGCCACCAGAACCGACGUCGGCCAUGGAAUUGGAAUGGAAACGAAUUUUGAAUUUCGUACAACCCAAUUCCAAACUACCUAUUGCUCUGUACGACAUCUUUCAUGCUGCAGAAUCUUUCAAACGCAAGGAACAAGUCUUUUGGACGCAACAACAUGCCCUCAAGAACUACGCCACCGUGCAGCAGGUUCUGACUGGGACACACUUUCAUAAAAUGCUACGCAACCUGGUCUACAAGCAUGACUAUUAUGGGUGCGCCUGUACCGACAAGGAAGCCAAAAAGAAAAAGUUCAUUGGAUGGAAAAAGAACAAGGAUGUUGGCAAAAAGAAACAGUAG